GAAAAGAAAGAAAUGGAAUCCUUGAUUAUUAUCUACAAUUGAAUCCCAUCCUCUUAUCAAAAGUGACCAUGCAUGCAUGAUCUUUUGUGAUCCCAUCCAUUUUUUCAUAUUCUAAUCAUUAUCAGAUCUCUCAUGUUUGAAAGAUCAUUCUUGUUUGUCGAUCUACUUUCUUGAUCUUUUCUUCUUUCUCUAUUUAAUCUUGAUCUUUUCUUGUGGAUCCUAAGUUUUUCUUCUACUCUCUAGAGCUUCAUUGACAAGUAAUAUAUACUACAGAUAAAAAUGUCCGGCUUUGUGGGCAUUCUUGUCUCAGAUCCUUGGCUUCAGAGCCAAUUUACUCAAGUCGAGCUUCGUGGCCUUCAAUCCAAAUAUAGCUCAGCCAAGGAUGCCUCCGGGAAGGUCACACUGGCAGCUCUGCCACCAGUUAUGGUGAAGUUGAAGGCCAUCCUUGACAUUUUAACUCAGGACGAGAUUAAGGACAUCUUGAGCGAGGAAUCGUCAGACAUGGACCAAGAAAUCGAUUUUGAAUCCUUCCUUCGGGCAUAUCUGAACCUACAAGCUCGAGCAACAGCAAAAGGGGGCGGUUCCAAGAAAAGUACACCUUCAUUCCGAUCCACCUCGUUUCUCAAAGCCACUACAACUACGCUUCGUCACACAAUCAGUGAAUCUGAGAAGUCCUCUUAUGUUACCCACAUAAACAACUUUCUCAAAGAUGAUCCAUUUUUAAGUAAAUAUCUUCCUAUAGAUCCCUCAACAAAUGCUCUCUUCGACUUGGCCAAGGAUGGUGUUCUUUUAUGUAAGCUGAUUAAUGUAGCAGUACCUGGUACAAUAGAUGAGCGAGCUAUCAAUACCAAGCAGGUGCUAAAUCCAUGGGAGAGGAAUGAAAACCAUACUUUGUGCCUCAAUUCUGCUAAGGCAAUUGGGUGUACUGUGGUGAAUAUUGGCACCCAAGAUUUGGUUGAAGCAAGACCUCAUCUAGUCGUUGGACUGAUUUCUCAAAUAAUCAAGAUACAACUGUUAGCUGAUCUUAAUCUGAAGAAGACUCCUGAACUUGUUGAGUUGGUGGAGGACAGUAAGGAUGUGGAAGAGCUUAUUAGCUUAGCCCCAGAGAAAGUUCUACUGAAAUGGAUGAAUUUUCAUCUAAAGAAAGCCGGGUAUAAAAAGACGGUUACCAAUUUUUCAUCUGAUCUCAAGGAUGGAGAAGCAUAUGCUCACUUGCUCAAUGCUCUUGCCCCAGAACAUGGCACAACUACGACACUGGAAACGAAAGAUCCUACUGAAAGGGCAAAUUUGAUUCUUCAGCAAGCGGAUAAGCUGGAAUGUCAGAGAUAUGUUACCCCACAAGACAUUGUUGAGGGCUCACCAAACUUAAAUCUUGCAUUUGUUGCUCAAAUAUUCCAACACAGAAAUGGACUGACUACGGACAACACAAAGAGUUCGUUUGCUGAGAUGAUGACAGAUGAUGUUGAAACUUCACGGGAAGAGAGAUGCUUCCGGCUGUGGAUUAAAAGCCUCGGAGUUGACUCUUCUGUGAACAAUUUAUUUGAGGAUGUGAGGACAGGAUGGGUUCUUCUGGAAGUGCUGGAUAAAAUUUCUCCUGGAUCUGUAAAUUGGAAAUUGGCUACAAAACCUCCAAUUCAGAUGCCUUUUAGGAAAGUUGAGAAUUGCAACCAAGUUAUAAGUCUUGGGAAGGAACUCAACUUCUCCCUUGUGAAUGUAGCUGGCAAUGAUAUUGUGCAGGGAAACAAAAAGCUAAUAUUAGCCUUCCUAUGGCAGUUAAUGAGAUUUUCUAUGCUCCAACUGUUGAAGAACUUGAGAUUUCAUUCACAAGAAAAGGAGAUAACUGAUGCUGACAUACUAAAUUGGGCAAACAACAAAGUUAAGAAAUCUGGUAGAAGUUCCGAAAUGGAGAGCUUCAAAGACAAAAGCCUUUCAAAUGGGACUUUCUUUCUUGAGCUACUAAGUGCUGUAGAGCCGCGGGUAGUUAACUGGAGUCUCGUCACAAAAGGCGAAACUGAUGAGGAUAUGAAGUCAAAUGCAACAUAUAUAAUCAGUGUUGCCAGAAAGCUUGGAUGUGCCAUAUUUUUAUUACCUGAGGACAUCAUGGAGGUGAACCAGAAAAUGAUCUUAACUCUGACAGCAAGCAUCAUGUACUGGAGCCUGCAACGAAAGGGUUGCUACUCCGAGCAGACGUCCCCAGUAGCACCCACAGACGGCGGCGGUGAAUCAGCUGAUCUAUCUAAUUUGUCCAUUGAGGAUGCUUCAUAAGGAGCUACUGUUCUCCCUGAAGCUAGCACUGAAAAUCAUAAUCUCCAGGACCUACAUUCAUGCUGGAAUGCAUAUAUAAAUAAUAUAUACUUGCUUUUCUGUUUUCUUUUUAGUGUAAUGCUUCUGGAGAAAGUCAUCAUAGAAAGAAAAUAUUUGAGUGAAGGAGGUGAUGAGUUUGUAAGAGUGUAAUACUUCUGUAGAAAGGUUUCCAUAAAAAAGUAUGAAUGAGAAAAACGAAACCUCAUA